CGGCUGUUUCCUACGCCGUUUCUUCGUUCGCGGGGACAAGAAGAGCGCGGAUUUGCGCGACGCUCGAGACUGAUCCCGUCACGACCACCGGCUGAUCUCGGCGCGACCUAACCAAAGCGACCGAGCGGGGAACCUCGAGCUCGAGCCGUUGCGAACGCCGGAAGACCAACGUCGCGCGGAGCUAGCGAAAGUUGCACCAGGGUAAUUCCUAGGCGAGUUGAGAGCGUUCUUUGUACAAAGAAAGCGCGUUUGCGUCACGGAGCACACACUGCGGCUCUCGCGGGGACCAUGGAGCUGGAAACGCUGCUGCGAAGCCGCGCUUCGGCGAGGAACUCGGACGAGAGUUCUCAAGACGACGAGAAGAAGGAAGACGAGUACUUCGAGAAGAUGUAUCAGCAGUGGAAGGGCGUGAAGGCCAAGGACGACUCCACUUACAAAGUCAUACCGAAAUUCUACUUCAAGCUGCCGAAAGAGGACGAGAUUCUGCCACAGAAAUUGCGCGAGGAGACGCGCGCCCUGUUCCUCCAAAGGCGUUCCCGGCAGUUGCUCGACAACAACGAGCUGAAGGCGUUGUGGGUUUUACUCGACAAGCAUCACAGCCCGCCCUUGUCCGGGGACGAGCAGCUGAUCAAUUACGAGGACUUUAAGAAAGUGGGCAAACUGGCGGGGGCAAAGUGCAGUCCGUACUUUACCGCGGUUGUCUUCGCAAAGCUGCAGCAGGGAGACCCGCACGGUAGAAUUAGCAUCAUGGCGCUGUUUAACUACGUCAUGCGGAAAGUUUGGCUGCAUCAAACGAGAAUCGGACUCUCCCUGUACGACAUCACGGGAGAGGGUUACCUCAGGGAGUCGGACUUGGAGAAUUAUAUCUUGGAACUGAUACCAACGCUGCCGCAACUCGAGGGCCUGGAGAAGUCCUUCCAUUCGUUCUACGUGUGCACGGCAGUCCGGAAAUUUCUAUUCUUCCUAGACCCGCUGCGAACUGGACGAGUUCGUAUUCAGGAUAUUUUAGCGUGCAGUUUUCUGGACGAUCUUCUGGAAUUGCGAGACGAGGAUCUGCCGAAAGAUCUGCAGGAGGCGAAUUGGUUCUCCGCGCCGUCGGCGCUCAAGGUGUACGGACAGUACUUGAAUCUUGACAAAGACCACAACGGCAUGUUGAACAAAGAGGAACUCGCUGGAUACGGCACCGGCACUCUGACCGGCGUUUUCCUCGAAAGAGUGUUUCAAGAGUGUCUGACCUACGAGGGCGAGAUGGACUACAAGACGUAUCUGGAUUUUGUUUUGGCGCUGGAGAAUCGGCACGAACCACAGAGCCUUCACUACCUCUUUCGGAUUCUCGAUAUUAACAAUCGCGGAUACUUGGAUACCUUUUGCCUCAACUAUUUCUUCAGGGCUAUACAAGAACAGAUGACGAUGCACGGGCAAGAACCAGUUAGCUUUGAAGAUGUCAAAGACGAGAUAUUCGAUAUGGUGAAGCCAGCCGAUCCGUGCAGAAUUACGUUGCAGGACUUGCUGUCUUGCGGACAAGGCGACACAAUGGUCAGCAUCUUGAUCGAGUUCCAUGGCUUUUGGGCGUACGAGAAUCGCGAAGCCAUGGCGGCUGACACCGGGGACGAGUCGUCCCACGUAUGACGAAGCACUUCUCAUCCCAGAAUACGAGACAAACGUCCCGCCGGGACAGACGGCGCACGGCCGGACAGCAACGCCUGACACGUGUUUCGACACGACCCUGUGAUUGAGACUUCGUAGUAGUGAAAUAAUCUUUGUAAUUUAUCACGUGCCAGAACUGGCAAUCGCCAUUGUAUAACUCUUUAGGAUUAAUAUAUUCUAUAUCUUUAUACAAGUA